AUGUGCGUACAGGUGACCGAGACCGGAGAGAGAGGCGUGAAGCAGCUUUCCUCCCUUGGGGAAAUCCUUAGGAUCGGAUACCAGGAGGAUCCGCGAUCGCCAUGCGUACAGAGUGGCAAAGGGGUCGACACGAUAACGACGAGGGAUGGUGGAGAGCACUUGCUGGUGGCAGACAGCACAGCCAACGAGAUCGUCGUCAUCGACCUCGUCGAUGGGAGGAUCGAGCGAAGGAUAGGCAAGUACGGCAGCAAACCAGGAUGCCUCCACUUCCCCUUUGCCCUUCAUUUCGUCCGAGUCUGCAUCGCAGGACAGAACGCUGGAGGUUCCAGAGGCGUCGAUGACACGAGGCUCUGGGGAGAACCUCGUGGGAUCUCAACCUGCAAGGAGAACCUGGUCUAUGUGAAUCCAUCGAGGGGUCGGAUCGUUGUGCUAUCAGCUGACGGAUCCUACUGCGGGUCCAUCGGGCCGAUCUUCGGAGGGAGAAGCUCAAAAUUCGGACAGUUCAAGAGCAUCCUCCUCAACCCCUUCGACGUUGCUGCCACACGCCAAGGAACCGUCCUGGUCACCCACGAGUUUUCUCCCAGCAUCCGAGUAGACAGCGAGGGACAAGAGGAGCAUGUGGCAGCAAAGACCGAGCCCUUGUUUGCAGUGAUGUCAGAGUUCGAUCAGGCCACAAGGCAAUGGCUGCGUUUCAUCACGGUGACUUCGGCUUCACCGGGUGUCAGUCUCUUUGGGAUAGCCGUUGGGAAUGCUGGGAAGAUGGCCGUGCUGGACCACAAGAGCAUCUCCGUGAUACCCUCCGGAGAGGACCUGUCUCUGCAUAGGCUCCCAUGGGGCCUCCAGAGGAUCUUGUGGAUCGGAGUCUUCAAGUCGACCUUGAGUCUGCUCUACCUGCUCCCUCGCGAUGGUAGGACAUGCCCUUUGCUGGUCAAGAUCAUAGCAGCCGUCGGACACGAGUGA